GAAAGUGGGACACACAGUGAGAGGAGAGAGGAGGUAGAGAGCAGCAAUGAGAGGCGAGACGGAGGUGCCCAGCAUGUAGGAAGUUCCACCAGUCCUGGUGAUCUGACAGAUCUGGCCUUCAGUAUACCUGACCAGUCAGAUUCAAGCCAGGUGCCGGUUGGUAGAUCAGAUUCCACAGUCCAGGCUCCUGACCAAUCAGAAAAUGGCGGCCAAAAAGCUGACCAGUCAGCUCAGGGGGCAGUAGUCGAACCAUCGGGUGUUAGCAUAAAUCAAUACGCAUGUGAUUCGGCUGACCAAUCAGGUCAUGAUGCUGCUGACCAAUCAGACAACAUCACCACUGGUAAGUCAGAAGGCGCUGUAGCUGACCAAUCAGAUGGCAGCAGGGCAGAGCAGUCCGGUAUGGCUGACCAAUCGGAUCGUGUCUCAGCCGACCAAUCAGUGGGCAGCACUGCAAAAGUGCUGUUGAAUGUGGACCAUGUGACUGCUGACCAGUCAGAUGCAGCCACGCCUGUGUUAGAUGAACAUGAAGCUGAGCUGGACUAUGAUGAGGAUGUGGAGGAACACACAUCAGUCCACGGGGGUGAGGAACCAGAACAACCAGAACCAGACACUUCUAACAAACUGGGUCAGGAGGACAAGGAGGAAGGAGAUGGGGAGAAGAAGGAGGCCACUGAUAAUGGAGAGAAGAGUGAGGAAGGUGAAGAUGAUGAUGAUGGUGAACUUGGAGAGGAUGAUGACCUGGAAGAAGGAGAAGUCAAGGAUCCAUCAGGAAGAAAACCCAUGCAGCGCUCCUUGUGUAGAUUCUAUGUAAAAGGCAACUGUACUUGGGGAGCAUCAUGUAGAUUUCUACAUCCAGGUAUAAACGACAAAGGUGCCUACUCCAUGAUUGACAGGUACCAGAACCAGUUUGGUGGGCCAGGCAUCCUGGGUCCCCACCCCAUGGGACCCAACAUGUGGGCUGGUCCAGUCCAUGCAGAGGAGGACAUGCCUCCCCCUCCCAUUGCGGAGCCUCCUGUAGAGUCAGCCUGGGAGAGGGGCCUCAGGCAUGCUAAAGAGCUUCGUAAGAAAGCCAUGCAGCGUAAGGAGCAGGACGAAGACUUUGAGGACAAGCGGAUGAACCUGUCCCUCCCCGAGGAGGAAUUUGACAACAACAAGGAGAAUGACUUCUUCAGGAGGCAGGCCAGCAGGACAGAAGGAGGGCCUUUUGGGUUCCAAGAAGAAGAGCCAGAUUACCCGUUUGAGCCACCUCCUCCAGAUCAGUACUGGCAGCCCGGUCAGUACGAGAACUUCAGUGUUCGCUGGACCCGUGAACCUGAGCCCCACUACACUGUACAUAGGGCGGCGGAACCCUCACCUACAGGAGGGAAACAAAGACAGGAGCGAAUGCGAGAGAGGGAGAGAGAAAGGGAGAUGAGAAUGAGAGAACGUGAGAGAGCAGACAGGGAAAGAAUGAGGGAGCGAAGAAGGGAGCGUCGGCCAAGAUCUAUGUCACCCCCGGAAAGAAGAGGCCCCAGACCUCCAAUGCCUCAAAGACCACCUCGCCGACCCAGAGACGACCGGCCAGAGCGGCCGAGACAAGAAGGGAGACCAGACCGAGCAGACAGGCCCAACCGUCCCGACCGGCCUCCGCGAUCAGAGGCAACGGCCCCGCGGGUGCGAGCGGAUGAGUGGAAGGAUCCUUGGCGUAGGUCGAAGUCCCCGAAAGGUCGGAAGCCAUCUCCCCGUCGCAGCCGGUCGCGGGGUCGCAGAAGAAGGCGGUCGUCAUCUCGAAGAUCAUCUGUGUCUUAUUCUGGCUCCUCCAGCUUGUCAUCGCGUUCCCGGUCCUCCUCCUACUCCUCCUACUCCAGCCGAUCCUCCUCGGGAAGCUCGUACCGCUCUGGGCGCAGCAGCAGCCGCUCGGUGUCGCCGUCCCCGGAGAGGAAAACCAGCCAAUCACCAAAGAAGAAAGAAGGGGCAGAGAAAGAGGGGACGGCUGAGAAGAAACCACCAACUGUUGCUAAGAAGGAAGUUUCAUCAGAAAAGACAUCAAAGGCACCACCUCAGAAGACAAAAGACAAGGCACCAAAACCUGAAGCAACAAAAGACAAAAAGCCAAGUCAAAAGAAGGCCCCUGAACCAUCCGCAAAGAAGCCUGCUGAAGCCAAGUCUGGGCCGAAGCCUGCCAGUUCCACUAAGAAGGCUGCUGAUGCUGCCUCCAAGGGUGGAAAACCUGUGGCUAAAGAUGCAGCAGGGAAGGCACCCAGUGGAGACAAACCAAAGGUCUCUUCUGACGUGUUAGCUUCUUCUGUACAGUCUGCCUUUCUGGGACUUCUGGCUAUUGCUCUCUGGGUGUCCCAUAUCUGUGUUUGCAUGUUGUCUUGUAGGACAUUUAUAGCACCCAGUGAAGACAAACCAGAGGUCUCUACUGUAGUCUUAGCUUCCUCUGUCAGUCUACCUUUCUGGGGAUUUCUCUGGGUGUCUUGUAUCUGUGUUUGCAUGUUGUCUCUUUUGUUGUCUGAUAAAGUAAGAAAGGUUGUUUAG